AUGGCCCCCUCCGAAAGCAACAAGCGCUUGGCUUUGGCCGUCAUCGACUUCCUAGGCGCCAGCCUGAAGGACGGCACCCUCACCGCCGACGAUGCCGAAUCCAUUGAGAUCGCCCAGUCUUGUAUCGCCGAAAGCUUCAAGGUGGACCCUACUGAUGAGGCUGCUGUGAAGGAUGCCGUUGGUGGUCAAUCACUGGCCGGAAUCUACAGCGUCUAUGAGAAGCUGCGCAGCAAGUCCACCCCGCCAUCCACCGGUGCCGCUCAAUCCACCCAAGAACAAAAGCCCAAGGUCGGCGUGCCUACACCAGAGUCCGACAAGCUCAAGUCGGAAGGAAACUCCCUGAUGUCCAAGAAGGACUACGCGGGUGCCAUUCAACAAUAUACCAAGGCUCUUGAGAUCGCCCCAUCCAACCCCAUCUACCUCUCCAACCGUGCCGCCGCCUACUCUGCUUCCAGCCAGCACGAGAAGGCUGCAGAGGAUGCCGAGCUCGCCGCCGCCGCGGACCCCAAGUACUCCAAGGCUUGGAGCCGCCUGGGACUCGCUCGCUUCGACAUGGGUGACUACCAUGCCGCCAAGGAGGCUUAUGAGAAGGGAAUUGCCGCAGAGGGCAACGGUGGCAGUGAAGCCAUGAAGCGAGGCUUGGAGACAUCGACCCGCAAGCUCGAGGAGGCCACUCGCACUAGCGAGCCUCCAUCGGAGGAGCUUGACACUGCCCCUGGUGCCUCCCGUGGCGCUCCUGGCGGCAUGCCUGACUUGUCUGCCUUGGCCGGCAUGUUCGGAGGUGGUGCCGGUGGCGGUGGUGGUGGCGGCAUGCCCGACCUGAGCUCCAUGAUGAACAACCCCAUGUUCUCCAGCAUGGCACAGAACUUGAUGAGCAACCCUGACAUGCUUGGAAACCUUAUGAACAACCCUCGCUUGCGCCAGAUGGCCGAGAACUUCGGCCAGGGCGGUGGCAUGCCUGACAUGUCCAGCUUGAUGAGCGACCCCAACCUUGCGGAUAUGGCUCGCAACAUGAUGGGCGGUGGCGGCGCCGGUCAAGGCCCCAAAUAA